GUUCAGCAGCUCCAGGAUCCUCAAGAGGAGCUCAGACACACACACAUUUACACACACCGCUGGAUUACUACAACUUCUCCACCAAUCCUCCCACACCGACCCUCUCGACAGAUCCGGCUAUAAGAUCCUCAGAGUCGGCGUGAUCAGGAGCAGUAGACGCAGCUCUUUAAAUACGCUGUCUUGCCUUCUCUAUUAAACCAAUAAGCGACUGAAGAUAUAGUUUACUUUUAGUUUCUGUCUCGUGUGUGUGUGUGUGUGUGAUCGGUUUUACGCUUCAGGAAAAAGUCUGUGUCCGGCAACACUUCAGAUCGACAUGCUGGACGGAAUCAAAAUUGAGGAUCAGUUCAGGACAGGAGCGGAGACUCUGGGAGUGAUGCUGGGUGCAGACUGCGCUCAUCAUCAGAGUGUGUGUGAAGGCUGUCACCGGCCGAUCUCUGACCGCUUCCUCCUGCGCGUGAACGACAGCUCGUGGCAUGAGGAGUGUUUGCAGUGCUCGGUGUGUCAGCAGCUUCUCACCAUGAGCUGCUACUCCAGAGACCACAAACUCUACUGCAAACACGACUACCAACAGCUGUUUGCCACCAAGUGCAGCGGGUGCCUGGAGAAGAUCUCCCCUACUGAGUUAGUGAUGCGCGCACUGGAGAGUGUGUAUCACCUGAGCUGCUUCUGCUGCUGUGUGUGUGAGCGCCGGCUGUGUAAAGGAGACGAGUUUGUGCUGAAGGAAGGACAGCUGCUCUGCAAGACCGACUACGAGAGAGAGAAGGAUCUCGCCAGCCCAGACCUCUCAGACUCCGACAAAAGUGAGGAUGAAGAUCUGGAUGUGAAGCCCGAGAAAGGAGCUGGCGGUCAGGGAAAAGGCAGUGAUGACAGCAAAGACCCUCGGAGACCCAAAAGACCCAGAACCAUCCUCACCACACAGCAGAGACGCGCGUUUAAGGCUUCAUUCGAGGUCUCAUCCAAACCAUGCAGAAAGGUGAGAGAGACUCUGGCUGCUGAGACUGGUUUGAGUGUUCGAGUCGUGCAGGUGUGGUUUCAGAACCAGAGAGCAAAGAUGAAGAAAUUGGCACGCAGGCAACAGCAGCAGCAAGAGCAGCAGAACUCUCAGAGACUCGGCCAAGAUGUGAUGUCCAGCCGGAUGGAGAAUCUGAUGAGCUCUUACACACCGCUCGCUCCUCCUCCUCAGCAUGCGUUGGUGUCGAUGGAGAGCAGCGGAUACAGCACAGACCCCUUCCAGCAAGGCCUCACGCCGCCGCAGAUGCCCGGAGACCACAUGAACCCAUACGGAAACGACUCUAUUUUCCACGACAUUGACAGCGACACGUCUCUGACCAGCCUGAGUGACUGUUUCAUGAGCGCAUCGGAUGCUGCAGCCCUGCAGAGCCGCGUGGGAAACCCCAUCGACCGCCUGUAUUCAAUGCAGAGCUCCUACUUCACCUCCUGAAAGCAAACCCUGAGGCUAAACAUCCACAAACACUACCUAUCAGACACGUCCAGUGCUGCAGAAACCAACCACAGGCUCCACUCGGCAAAAAACACUGCUUUUCUUACUUAGAGGUUUUGUCUUGUUUCCAGUCCAAAUAUCUAAAAGUUCUUUAAUCAAGAAGCAUUUUCUAGACAAGUAAAAAAUAUUGGGUCUCAUUCACUAACCAUACUCUAAAUGUAGGAAAAAAAUCAUUUUCGCAAAUAAAUCAUGAUUCAUAAAAACUUUCAUAUUAAAAUUUAUGGUAAAUAUAG